AUGUCCGAACCCUCUUCACCGGCAGGACCAUCCUCUCAACAUGCUUUGCAACGGGCAGCGAGCUUGAAGCAUACAACGAAGAACAAGAUGGAGAAAUUCACCUUCACCUUAGGGAAACUCGAUGCGGGGAUGGCUAUUCUCUUAGGUCCCAACGCUCAUCUUCUUGAAUUCCCUUCCUUACUCCUUCCAAAAUCUUCACCAGGUGCACCUCCUCUUGGGCCAGGCGCAAUUCUUACUAUAACGGUAUCGAGAGACGUUUCAGCGGAAUUAGCAGCUCAACAAACGUUCAUCGACCUUCAGUCUGAGAUCUUAUCCGCAUUUUCUACUCCCCCCAAACUGCCAGUCCUCAAAUUGAGAAACGUCACCCAAACCUCAGUAUGCGUAGAAUGGGGAAAACUGGAUAUAGGAUCUGCAGCGUGGAGAGGAUUAGAGAUGUACAGAAAUGGCCAAAGAUGGGGCAGAGUAGGUGGUGAUUAUGGUCAAGGUAGAAAAGAGAAAAGAGAGUGGAAAACUGGUGGAUUACAAAGUGGGGAGGAAUAUACUUUCCAGCUUGUCCUCAAAACCACGGCUGGCACAUACCCUUCAAACUUGAUACGUGUGAAAACACAUACCAUGGACAAUCUCACUGGUCUCCUUAUCUACUUUGGUCCGAUUCAGCCUCCACAGCUUCUCUCGCAACUCCGACAAUGUCUCCAGCAAAUUGGUGCUCGAGAAUCCCCUACCGUGGCUCUCGAUACAACGCAUUUUGUUUGUACUACUCCGAUUUUAGGUGGGGAUGACUCAGGUAGAGGAGGCAGUAUAGAUCCCGAAUAUCAAGAAGCAGCAAGGAUGAAUUUACCUGUUGUAGGUCCUGGAUGGUUAAUGGCUGUCGCUGGAGAUCGAAAAUUGGUACCAAUAUCGAAUCACUUAUUGCCCUCAUUACCUCAACCGACAAGCCUUACUUCGGAUCCAACUCCGCAAUUCCGUCGACCAAACCCUCAGAAACGAUCCUCGCUCCCAUUCACUUCGUCUGCGCCUUCCUCACCACAUCAUGAAAAUCCUGAAGAGAUUCGUCGAUCACCCAGUCCAGAAACUAUAGCUCGAAUGAGUAUGCAUGCGUCCUCCAAUAAGCCAAGCAUGUCUAGAAAUGGUUCUAUGGAAGGUAGGAGAAGUAGGGAAAUGAGUUUGGACGUAGAUACCGGCAGGCCAAGAAGUCCAAAACCUGAAGCUGAUGGUAAACUUGAUCGUGGUUUCAAAUUCCCUUUAUCGUCUAGCGCGUCGAAUUCGCCAGUACAGUCACCUACAUCAGCGACUUUCCCUCGAUCUACUUCUCCUUCUAGAAGAGCAACAUCACCCGCUAUCCCAUCUGUCCGGGAUACCGUAUCUGAAGCCGAACCCCCUCAUCCAGCAGUCACAGAAAAGGUGUCAUCUCCAGCGUCCAUAGCGGCUACUGUUGAUGCUUCUACAGGUGGUGCAGUUGUAGAUGCUAUCCCAGAACCUGCUUCAAGAGGAAGCGAUCUGCCUGUUAUCCCUGCCGAAGCCUCAAAUCCAGUAAAUGAUCAAAAAUGGCCCGAACCCGAGUCAAGCGCAAUUUCAACAAGCACUGCCGCUAGCGUACCAACUAUGUCUGACGAACCUGCUCUUUCAUCUAAUACAUCCAACACUGUGGGACCACCUCCCACCCUCGACGAGCCUACGUCGACAGCAGACGCUGAAACUCACAAGGCCUCCACUAUCGAUGAAGCUGUAGCUGACUUCAAGUCCGCCAUCGCGAAGACCCCUGAACCUUCAAGCCAAGUUGUGUCAGAGCAAGUGGAAGUGGACUCUCCAGCUAUAAAAGCCGAGGAAGAGCCUACUCUGGUACGAGUAGAAGAUACAGCUGUUCCUGCAUCCGCUGUACCUGUGACCCUUAAUUCCGAGCCGCAAGAAUUGAAAACUCCUGGUUCCGUUACGCCUGAACCAGAAGCGAACACAGCUCAAGAAGCAGGAUCUGCGAUAAGUAAAAGUAAAAAGAAGAAGAACAAGAAGAAGAAGGCGUCUUCCACAAGUGGCAUCACUCCCACAUCUUCCGCUCCAGGAACGGGAGCUAACACUCCUACACCAGUGGAGGAAGGAGAUGAAGGGAUGGACGAAGUCGAUCUCAACUGA